ACACCGAGUGAGUCUCGUGCCGAGUAGACCUGUAUCUAUAUCCAUAUAGUAUUACACUAUACUCAUAACACCUAUAUAUAUACUGUGUCUUCUAUAUAUAACCCAGGAAUAUUCAUACCUUUAAUCAGGUUUUGUUUUUGUAUUCCUCACUUAUUGAACAAAUUCCCCCAUUAAAGAGUUGGGGAUAACAUGAGCGUUAAUACGUUAUAUUGAUACAGUGUGUUAUGUACAAAUCAACAUGUGUUAUUUAUAGAGCUGUGGACUAGCAGUAAUCUACUCGAGAAUGGAAUAACUAUUAUACUGACCAUAGAUGACGUAGCCUGGUUACCAUGGAGAACAACUCCUUACUAAAACCGAAGAGCAGCUUCCGUAAGCCGAAACAUCGUCCUCUGCAAGAGGAGGUCAGCGUGUGUACGUCGAGAUGUUCCCGAUCCAGCACCGCCACAGUUAAACCAUUUUUCACCCAACCGGCGUGUCCCGAACUGCUUUUAUUUACUCUGUUUUACACUCUAAAUAGCUUCUUUGUACAAAUCGCCGUUGUAUUCCUCAUCUCGCACGUGAUCUCUAUAGAAAAACGAUUCACACUGGAUGACCACUUUUCAACUUUCGUUAUACGAUGUGUGGAGAUAAGCUACGUCUGCGCUGUGAUAUUUAUGACGCACUUCCUGCGACGUUGUCAUCUGCCUAGAACCCUACUCAUUUCCGCCAUUAUUAAUGGAUUUGCAACUAUAUUUGUGUGUGUUAUUUAUAUGACAAACCCGGAUCGCGGUUUGAUUAAAGGGGCUUCGAACUUAACCCGGACCAAAGUGUCUUAUUUAUGCAAUCCUACAAACUUAACAAUUUCUGAAGCAUGUAGCGUAGACAGUAUUAGCAGUAUCCACGAAGAUGUUCGACCUGAAUUAGAAUGGCUGUUGAUUGGUUGUAUUAUGUUGCUAGGGGUAACCAUGUCAUGUCGUCUGCCUUUGUCGUCUGUUUAUAUAGAAACCAAUAUACCAGAUAAAUACAAUUCAGCAUUUUAUAUAGGUAUAUCGAUGUUACCGUGUUUCCUUAGUGUUCCGCUGUCUCUAGUUUUUACGCCAAUAUUCGCAGACAUUCCACAAAAUCUUUCAGGUAUAUCAUCGUCGGAAACAAGUGAUACGGAAAUAGAAUGGUGGUUAGGCUAUAUUGUGUUAGGCGUAUCGACGAUGGUAACAUCUCUACCGCUGCUCUACUUUCCACCAAAACUAAACUCUAUAGAAACUCGAAGACUUAUUUUACCUCAAUAUACAUUUCAACAAACAGCCACUACAUAUAUAAAAGAGCUCCCUGUAUCUAUUUAUAGAAUAAUAACAUGCCCGGUGUACGUACUGGUGUUAAUGGGAAUGUGUUUUAUCAAUAUGUCAUACUAUGGGUUUUUAUUCUACUCGCCUCCAUAUCUCAUGACACAGUUUCAACUCGCAUCCCACACAGCUACCAUGACACAAGGUACAACGCGGUGUAUAUCAGCUACUAUAGGUGUAUUGCUGGGUGGUUAUUUAAUCAGUGGUUAUAAGUUUAAUAUUAGAGAAUGUAUUCGACUUAUACUCGUCUUGUAUCCAGUGUCUACAGCAUUAAAUGCAUUCACUACCUUAUUUGGAUGCUUUGGGCCAUCGAUACAGGGUUAUCACAAUAGCACAAACCAACUUGACUAUCAGCAGUUACCCGGAUGUUACUGUUCGGAAUCUUUAUUUCUUCCAACUUGUGGCGAUGAUGGCCGAUCUUAUUAUUCUCCAUGUGUGGCUGGCUGUCGGAAUAUGUCGGAAACCGGCUUCAUAAAGUGUAAUACUGGUGUAUUAGGAACAGCCAGGUUGGGAUUAUGUGGUGAUGAAUGUACCUAUAUAUAUCCUUAUAUAGGAGCUCAGAUGUUGGCCGAUAUAUUCACAGCUAUGUUAAUUCUACCGUCUUAUAUUAUACUGAUGAGGAGUAUAGGGGAUGAAGAUAAACCAUUAGCCUUGGCCAUCAUGACCUUUUUUAUAACACUAUUAGGUUUUAUAGCAGCACCUGUAUUAUUUGGCUACGUCAUCAACACAACUUGCCUUAUAUGGUCAAACAUAUGCACAGGUGACGGAGAAUGUUUAUUGUACGAUCUGACCAAUCAACGAGUACGAUUAAAGCUGUUAGAGUUGGGUGUCUCCAUAUUAGGGGUGUUAUUUUUUAUAUGGGGGUACUUGGUGUUCGAGACACAGGAAGAAAGAAUUGCGCAUGUGCUUAAAGAAACGAAGAAGAAGCGUGUGAAUUCAGUACAUGGAGAAAAACACAAACAUAAACCUGGUUUAACUCAUUUGUGAUGUUAUACAUAGGGCCUUUACACAUCUAGGCCUAUUGAUGACUUGUUUAUCUAUGUUUCAAAGGAGCAAUGACCAAUUAACUCCCCCAAUCUCGAUACCGACGAUUGGCGUUGUUUCAAUUUCUAUUACAUAAAUUGAGAACAGAACUGGAUAUUUAUUUAAGUGGUAUUUGAAUUAUUAUUUCUAGAACACCUGAUAGCACGUCUGUAUAACGAAUUCACAUAACUAACGCGUUUGUUUAUGAGUUCAUACAACUAAUACAUGUCCAUAUAACUUAUAUUACACGUGUAUAUUGAUGAGAUCGUGUAACUAACACGUUUGUUGAUGAGUACAUGUAACUAACGAUAGUUUGUUGGCGAGUUCAUAUAAAUUACAGGUGUAUAUUGAUGAGUUUAUAUUACUAACACACGUGUGUUGAUGCAUGUAACUAACACAAGUUUGUUGGUGAAUUCAUAUAACUUGCACGUGUUUAUUGAUGAGUUCGUAUAUCUAACACGUGUGUUGGCGAGUUCAUAUAAAUUACACGUGUAUAUUGAUGAGUUCAUAUAUAACUAACACAUGUAUUGUUGACGUGUUCAUGUAACUGACAAAAGUUUGUUAUCUUUCAUUUGUAAUUUACCAAGAUUGUUUAUUGUAUAUAUUCAUAUUAUUAUUGUUUGCAGUGCAUUAUUAUUUAUCAUUAUUUAUUAUUAUUAAAGAUAUUUUUACAAUCAA